AUGGAUCCGGAGCCGAAAACCCCAGACUGGUCGCCAGCCGAGACUCUGUUUGGCUCGUCUAUUUUCGCGAGAUCGGUGCACCACCAAUCAGAGCGGCUUCUCGCAGCCCCUGCGCGGGGCCGUGGCGGUCUCCCGCCAAUGGGGAUGGCCGCUUCUUUUUACCCCUGCGGUCGGCUCCGUGCAGACCAGGAACAUCCCCGGUUUCGGUCGCAUGGCAAUUUUCCAUGCGUUUUGGGACUGCUGCUCCGGCAUUAG